AUGAAACCUUUAUCGAUUAAAUUAACCGAUUUAGCGGACGAAAUUCUUAUAAUUAUCUUGAAAAAAUUGUAUAAUGUUGAUGUACUCUAUUCUUUAAUAGGGGUCAAUAAACGAUUUAGGAGAAUUACACAUGAUGCAACUUUUGCAGGCCAUUUAACAUUAUUAUAUAAAUUUGAUGACAUAAUCUCUCCAUUACCGGAUCCAAUGCUUGAUCGAAUUUGUUCGCAAAUUUUACCUUCGAUUCAUCAUAAAAUCAAAUCGCUUAAACUUGAAUCAACAUCUAUGGAUCGUAUUCUUGCUACAAAUUAUCCUAAUUUAAAUGGACUUGGUUUAUAUGGUCUUGAUGUAGAAAAGGCUAUAUCUCUCUUUACGGACGAUACUACUUUUACUCGGAUAAACAAAGAUCAAAUCACAUCAUUUGUUAUCGAUAUAAAUAAAAAUAAAAAUAAAAAUAAAAUUUCACGUGACAUGAUCAGUAGCUUUCUAUUUCCACAUAUUUUUGCUAUGUUCAUCAAUUUACAAUAUUUAAAUAUCGCUCCGCCUGCAAUUUCCUAUCAACCAUUAUCGUUUUGGACGUCACCUCCAACUGUUAUUUCUUCAAAUCUAUUAGAAUUACAUGUUCUUGUGGAGUUUUUCACUGAUUGCCUUUAUUUACUUGACGGCCGUUUCAAUCAACUUCAUACAUUUCAUGUUAAUAUUAUUGGUAUUUUCUCUAACACCUUAAAAGUCAAUAAUGAGGAAAAGUUACCUAAUCUAAGAUGUUUUUCGUUAUAUUGUGAUAUGCGUACACAUGAGUAUGAUGCAUUAAUUAUACCAUUACUACAUCGAAUGUUGAACUUAAAAGAACUUGAUUUACAGCUUAAUAAUGUCUAUCGUAAUAAAGGAUUUAUUGAUGGAAAUAGUUUAAAAGAAGAUAUAAUUAAUUAUAUGACACAAUUAAAUAAAUUUGCAUUUAAUAUUCGUACAUUUAACCCUUCUUCUAAUUUAAUUAAUUUACCUUCAAAUGAAGAUAUUCAACGUACAUUCAAAGAGUUUAAAAAUACUCAAAUUAUUUCUUGUGUUGAUUAUUUCCAAAAACGGUGGUGUGGUUUCUGUCAUAUUUAUUCUUAUCCAUAUAGAAUGAAAUCUUAUGAUAAUUUAACAAAUAAUUUUUCAGGUGGAUUAUUUAACUAUGUUAAAAGAGUAUCAUUAUAUGAUGACCAUCCAUUUGAAUAUGAAUUUUUUCGUCAAAUUGCUCAAUCUUUUCCAUUUAUAAAAGACUUAACUAUCGUUAAUGACAAACCACAGAAGAAUAAACUACAGAGAAAAUCAAAGAAAGUCGACAAUCAAGAUUUAUCAAUUAUUGAAUAUCCUCAUCUUAUUUAUCUAUAUCUUUGCCACGCUCAUGAUGAUUAUGUCGAGCAAUUUCUAGUUGAUGCGGAAAUGUGUUUGUCGAAUAAUGUUUAUCUUUCUGUCGAUUAUGAAGCACUGAGGAGGGUUACAGAAAAUUUCACAAGUCACGCAACGCGAAUCAAUUGUGCUAAACUGCAUCGUUUACAUUUACAUGGCAAAUAUAAAAUGACUACAUUUCUAAAAGAUUAUUUUCCUCAGACAAAUAUACUUUGA